UUUUCCUUGAUCGUGAAAAUGCCACCAAAAUUCUUAUCCGUCCAAAAAGAUAUAAUUCAGGGAAGCUGGAAGAGUUUGUUCAAGGAAACCUUGAGAGAGAAUGUAUAGAAGAAAGGUGUAGUUUUGAAGAAGCACGAGAAGUUUUUGAAAACACUGAAAAAACUACUGAAUUUUGGAAGCAGUAUGUUGAUGGGGAUCAAUGUGAGUCAAAUCCUUGUCUAAAUGGCGGAAAAUGCAAGGACGAUAUUAAUUCCUAUGAAUGUUGGUGCCAAGUUGGAUUUGAAGGAAGGAACUGUGAAUUAGAUGCAACAUGUAACAUUAAAAAUGGCAGGUGCAAGCAGUUUUGUAAAAACGGUGCUGAUAACAAGGUACUUUGUUCCUGCACUGACGGAUACCAACUUGCUGAAGACCAGAAGUCCUGUGAGCCAGCAGUUCCAUUUCCAUGCGGAAGAGUGUCUGUUUCCUACAGUUCUAAGAAGCUCACCCGAGCAGAGACUGUCUUUUCUGAUAUGGGCUAUGAAAAUUCUACUGAAGCUGAAUUCAUUCUGGAUGACAUCAUUAACAGCACCAUUCUGGAUAAUGCCACUGAAAAUAGUGAAUCAUUUAAUGAUUUCACUCGAAUUGUUGGUGGAGAAAACGCCAAACCAGGUCAAAUUCCUUGGCAGGUCAUUUUAAAUGGUGAGGUUGAGGCAUUCUGUGGAGGUGCCAUCAUUAAUGAAAAAUGGGUUGUAACUGCUGCCCACUGUCUUAAACCUGGUGAUAAAAUUGAAGUUGUUGCAGGUGAAUAUAACAUUGAUGAAAAGGAAGACACCGAGCAAAGGCGAAAUGUGAUUCAAACAAUCCCUCAUCACCACUACAAUGCAUCUAUUAAUAAGUACAGUCACGACAUUGCCUUGCUGGAGCUGGAUAAACCUUUAAUACUAAACAGCUAUGUGACACCUAUCUGUGUUGCCAAUAGGGAAUAUACAAACAUCUUCCUCAAGUUUGGUUCUGGCUAUGUAAGUGGCUGGGGAAAAGUCUUCAACAAAGGGAGACAGGCUUCCAUUCUUCAGUACCUUAGAGUUCCACUGGUUGACCGAGCCACAUGCCUUCGGUCCACAACAUUCACCAUCUAUAACAAUAUGUUUUGUGCUGGUUACCGGGAAGGAGGCAAAGAUUCUUGUGAAGGAGAUAGCGGGGGACCUCAUGUCACUGAAGUGGAAGGGACCAGUUUCUUAACUGGCAUUAUUAGUUGGGGUGAAGAAUGUGCAAUGAAAGGUAAAUAUGGAAUAUAUACUAAGGUUUCCCGGUAUGUCAACUGGAUUAAGGAAAAAACAAAGCUAAUUUAAGGAAAAACCUAUUUCUGAAGGCAAUUCACUAGGACUGAAAAUAGACCAAGCCCUUUACUAACCAGUCAUUUUGCCAACUCUUGUUAAAUCUGACUAUAUAUGUGCAAAAUAUUCUGAUUUUUCUCUGUGCAGAGGAGGAUGCCAAGUAGAAUCUAUAUAAUACUAGAUCAAGUAGGUUAGAGAAAGUAAUCACUAGAGAACUAGUUUGAUAAGAGAUUUUAAUGUUUCCAUGAGUCCAGCCCUUGGCAAACUUAGAAAGUGAAGUUUUCCAUAGUUUUCAGCAUGGUUCUCAACUGUGAUAACUAACCCCAUUAUCCCUCCUUAGAAGCAAUCCAUGUUUCAGAUCUUCCUUGCCUCUCUCAAAUUUAUUGGUUUUCUAUCCAGAGUCUUUAGCUCAUUUAAGGCAAGAAGCACACAGUAGCAGCUGCUAGGUUAAAACUCUGAAAAGCAUCACUUCCUCUCCUGUUUUUCUUCUGAAUUCUGUGUCUUUUCAAACUUCCAAUCCCAAAAUCAAUGUUCCCCUCACUCACUCACACUCUCCCUCUCCCUAGCCUUUGGAGGAGGAAGAGGACUGUCUUUUUUAAUGCCAUACACAUAUAUACACACCCGCCAACCCCCUAUUUCCUUUCAUUUGGGUCUCAAACUUAAUUUGAACAACAUGGAGAUGAAGUACACUACCGAUGAUCAUAAGGGGAACUGUCUCAUCAAUGUACCACCCAGGACAGUUACUGAAGACUGUGUGAUUGAUGAUCAUGGACACCUAACUAGGGAUGUUUCCAAGAAGGCACACUCACAUGUCAUUACAAGUAUAUAAACAACAUUGGUCAAAAUGUUUGCCUAUCUGAAAAAAAGUCAUGCUAAUAGAAAGUUAAUGAUGAGCCAGGCAGAGUGGUGCACGCCUUUAAUCCCAGCACAUGGGAGGCAGAGGCAGGUGGAUCUCUGUUUGUUUGAGGCCAGCCUGGUAUACAGAGUGAGUUCCAGGACUACACACAGAAACUCUGUCUUGAAGAAAAAGAACAAGAAAGAAAAAGAAAAAUUAAAUGAUGAAUUUAGCCAGAUAAUUAAACUAUGUGUAGUAGCAUAUUGGUAAAUAAGCAAGAUGGUCUCUUUAAAAACACCUCAAAACCUUAUUUGUAACAAUUGCUCAUUUCUAUGGUGUAAAUACCUUGGUAGAUUUCAAGCUAUUACUAUGAAGUUACUGAACCAGGGAGUUGAGA